AGCGAAAACUGAUACAAAUCUCAAAGAGGCGUCGGUCGGUGUCAACUCGAUUUGUGGUGUUGUAGGAAUGGGUACCUUAAACUGUCGUCAUUUUCUACACUUCUUACUAAAAUGUGUGCUAAUAUUCUCCUGCAUAUGUGGACUCUCUGUCGGGUCGGAACUGAGCUUUGUUACAUGCGGAUCAGUUAUUAAACUUUUGAAUGUAAAGCACAACGUCAGACUGCACUCUCACGAUGUUCGCUAUGGCUCUGGCAGUGGGCAGCAGUCUGUAACAGGUGUCUCUGCGGUGGAGGACAGUAACAGCUACUGGAGCAUCCGUGGGACAAGCGACGCGUCGUGCGCUCGGGGUACACCAGUGAAGUGCGGGCAGACGAUUCGCCUGACUCACGUCAACACGGGCCGGAACCUGCACAGCCACUACUUCACCUCACCGCUGUCCUCCAACCAGGAGGUGAGUGCGUUUGGUGAAGAAGGCGAGGGGGACCACCUCGACGAGUGGACAGUUCAGUGCGGCGGAUCUGUAUGGAAGCGCGAGGAAUCUGUCCGCUUGCUCCAUAAAGCCACAGACGCCUUGCUGUCCGUGACAGGGGAGCAGUACGGGCGGCCGAUCCACGGGCAGAUGGAGGUCCAUGCCAUGUCGAGUACUAGCCAGCACAGCCUGUGGAAGGUGAUGGAGGGCAUCUUCAUGAAGCCCAGCGAGAGUCCAACUGGCAGCCGGGACUACAGUCACAUUCACACAGAGUUCUGAACUUCACUUUCCUCUUCUGCAGCUGCCUCCUCCAUUUUCCUCUCUGGUUACAUCUGUACCAGCAGUCACCUUCACUACCCCGAUAUGUUUAAAUCCGUGGAUAAUCACAUGAAAACUUGAACCCUUAAAGAUCCAGCAGCUACGCUCAGUUGGAAAAAAUGUGUAAAUCACACAAAAAAAAUGACAGACGUAUUAAAACCUUCUUUGUGCUCUCCUUAUUUUAACCUUGAGGUCUGAAAUAAGGUUUCCUCUCAGCUGUUACUUGCCACUCUGCAGCUCAGGAAGCUUUUUAGGUAAACAAAUGCACAAAGUAAAUAUUGUGUUCAGUUGGUCUAAAAAAUAUAUAGUUACACCUGUGCCUUUAUCUGCCAUUAACAGAUGUAGGAGGUUUACACUGCAACAAAAGCAUUUAUAUUUGUGUGUUUUUAUGGCAUUUUAGGCCAUACUCCUGAUCAAAACCUAGACGGUGUUCCUUUAUAAAAUGACCUUUUUUUUUUCUAUAUGUUUUUGGUACUGCAUAUAAAUUAUUCCACACUAAUAAACAUGAAAGAACAAAAUGUAUUGUUUUAGGUGAAGAGUUAGUUUUUUCUUUAAUUAUGUUGUUGCUUGUCAGUAUUCAGUGGUUUCCUAAGUCUCAGGAGAGUGCAGUGUUGUAAAGGCAGAUGUGUUCCUAGAGUUGGUGUUUGAGUAUUAAGGCAUCAAGCUGACAAUGAGUACCUCAGAAUAAAGAGUUUUUUUUAUGGAAA